AUGCCACAAGGCUUGAGGCAUGGAGCCAGCCGGCGGAUCCUCGUGAUCUUCCUGACGGGCGUGCUGCUUCUCAAGACGUAUUGGCUAUGGCACGGCGCCUGGGGAGACCCCAUCGCUGCCAUGCCCCUGAUCGUUCGCCAGGCGCGAAUGUGGCAGGAUUUCCAUUCGCUGCUGGAGCAGCAUGCGCCUACGGGCUCGCCUCCGCUCAUUAUUCUGGGAGCAGGAGCCCAGCGAUUCAAUCCGUUGAGCGACUCUGUUCGCCAGAAUUAUAUUUAUAAUGCUGUCGACCUGCUGCAGCCCAUGCAGGAGGCGCACGACGGCUUCGUUAAAGCUAUCCAAGCUCCCAUUGACCCGGCCUACGUUCCCAGGACGAAGGGAAUUGUUUCGGCCGCGGGGGGCACUUACUUGCCGACUUUUGUCGUGUCUCUGCGCAUGCUCCGCCGCACGGGGUCCACGCUGCCCGUGGAGCUCUUCCUCAAGGACUGGGGCGAGUACGAGCCGUACAUCUGCGGGAUCGUGCUGCCGGCGCUGAACGCGCAGUGCAGAGUGAUUUCGGCGAUCUUGGUGAACCAGGAAACCGAGAAAGGACACGCGCACAAGAUCGAGCACUACCAAAUCAAAUCGUUCGCGAUGCUCUUCUCGUCCUUUGAGAGUUUCCUUUGGAUGGAUGCGGACUGUUUCCCCCUGCAUGACCCGUCAAUCUUGCUCAAUUACAAACCGUUCACCUCAACGGGUCUCGUCACCUGGCCCGACUUCUGGACCAACACCAUGUCCCCGAUAUACCUCAAUAUCUCGCGGCAGCCAGAACUCCCGACAUCGGCGCGGCAAGCGACCGAGGCCGGGGUCAUACUGGUUUCGAAGCGAUCUCACUUCCACACGCUUCUGCUGUCCGCGUAUUACAAUUUCCACGGGCCCUCCUGGUAUUACAUGCUGCUAAACCAAGAGUCGCCGGGAACAGGCGACAAGGACACGUAUCUGCAGGCGGCCACGGCGCUGGGCGCCAAAUUCUAUGCCGUCAGCGAGCCCGUCGCCGAUCUGGGGAACCGCGCCGGCGACGGCGGCGUGCAGGGUGCGGCGAUGUUGCAGGCCGACCCCAUCCAGGACUACGACCUGACGAGUCGGGGGAAAUGGCGCGUCAGGGAUCCGUCGGUGGCGAAGGCCCCGCGGGGUUUCUUUAUCCAUGCCACCAAUCCUGAGUUCAAUCCCGGGAAACAGCUUAUGGGGGAAAAGUCCAAGAAGACGGAUGGUACUCCCGGCCGGCUGUGGACGGCCGAUGAAAGCGCUCUCCGCCGUUUUGGGUAUGACGCUGAAAAGGCGUAUUGGGAGGAGGCAAAGACGGUGGCAUGUACACUAGAGCAUAACUUUGUCACUUGGCGGGACAAGUCUGGUAUCUGUCAGGGCAUGCAGGAGCACUGGGGGGCUAUUUUUGAGGAUCCGGACGCCGAGGCGCCCAUAUUUACGACUGGCCUCUUCUGGAGCUGA